AUGAAAAAAUUCAGUCAAUUCACCACUAAAAAACCUACAGGAGACCAAAAGAAGCCAGAAGAUGGAUUGAAGAAUGAUCUGAUCUUACGUGCAGCUCGCGGCGAAGAAACAGAAAGGGCACCCGUUUGGGUGAUGAGACAAGCAGGUCGUUACCUACCAGAGUUUCGAGAAUUGCGGGAAAAGCAUGAGUUCUUUGAGUGCUGUCGUACGCCGGCACUUGCUUGUGAGAUCACAAUGCAGCCCAUCAGAAGGUAUGCUGGCCUACUAGAUGCUGCAAUCAUCUUUAGCGAUAUCUUGGUCAUUCCACAAGCAAUGGGUAUGGAAGUGGAAAUGCUGCCACAAAAAGGUCCAAGCUUCCCCGACCCUUUGAAAGAGCCUUCAGACGUGGAACGAUUACGCAAAAAGGUUGAUGUGGAAAAAGAAUUGGGUUACGUUUUUGAGGCAAUCAAACUCACCAGAACAGCUUUGCAAGGCGAAGUACCUUUGAUCGGUUUCUGUGGUGCACCUUGGACUCUGAUGGCAUACAUGAUCGAAGGCGGAGGUAGCCGUACAUUUGAGAAAGCCAAACGUUGGUUGUUCCAAUAUCGUGAACAAGCACUCGAAUUGCUGGAACGGAUCGCUGAUGUUUGUAUUGACUUUUUGGUCGGACAGGUGAAAGCUGGUGCACAGCUUUUGCAAGUCUUUGAUUCAUGGGCUGGCGAAUUAUCUCCACACGAUUUCCGAACGUUUGCACUUCCAUACCUUCGCAAGAUUGCAAGCGGAGUACGUGAUGCUUUGUCUAGAACAUCAACGCCCUCAGUGCCUUUGAUUUGUUUCGCUAGAGGUGCAUUGGGACAUUCGUUGCCUGAAGUAGCAAAGAGUGGUUAUGAUGUCGUCGCUUUGGAUUGGCAAGUAGAGCCACAAGUUGCACGUAGAGUUGUUGAAUUGGCGAUGAGUGGUCAAGCAGGUAGCUUCAAGAAAGCAGCUGGAGAGAAUGAGUGUUCUCAUAGGGUAGCCUUACAGGGUAAUUUGGACCCAACAGUUCUUUAUGCCGGGCACGAUGCUAUUGAACGUGAGGUUGAUCGAAUGUGCAGAGCAAGAAAGGGAGGCUUUGGUGGAAAGGGUGCAUGGAUUUGCAACUUGGGUCACGGUAUCACUCCAGGUGUCGAUCCUGAAGCGAUGAGGUUCUUCUUAAAAUGCGUUCACAAGCAUUCCCGUGAGGUGGCUUCUUCCAAAGAUGAAGAAUGAUAGCAAAGCGAUUGCUUUAUUUUGUACGCAUGAUUAUUCUCUUUUAAUAUAUCAAGUCUCAUC